AUGGCUGAAGCUGCAUCGGAAACCAAGAAACCACAUAGUGACUUGCCGUAUGCUGCCGAAUACGCAAAAAGUGGACGAGCAAGUUGUAAAGGAUGUAAAGAACCAAUUGCUAUGGACGAUAGUGUAAUUUAUUUGAAGAUUGGUGAGGAAGUUAAUCUUGCAUUUCAAAUGUGCAUUUUUUUGCAGAAAGCUUUACGCAUGUCAGCUCGGCAGCCAAGUCGUUUCUUUGAUGGUCUGCAAGAUAACUGGUUCCAUUUCCGAUGUUUUUGGAAUCGAUUGAAGCGUAACGAUAUCAAUGAGGCGUCGAUACGAGGAAUGGAACUGUUGAAGUGGGAAGAUCAGGAGAAAAUCCGCGAGAAGAUUGCUGAUAAUAAAUGUGAUCACGUUUUAUUUCCUGGAGUUGGAGUACGACCUGAAGUGAGUACGUCCAUCAAAGGAGAGUAUGCGAGAUCGAGUCGAGGCAAGUGCGCAGACUGUAAGGAAAUCAUCGAACAGGAUACGUUCAAGCUGAUCAUGAAGUCAUCGUCGUAUCAUGUGAAUUGCUUCAAGAGUGCGCAUGCUUCUUUGAUUCCAGAUGCUGAAAGUAUUGUUGGCUUUGAAGAUGCGAAUGAUGAGGACAAAAAAGUGUUGAUAGCUCUAUUUGGUUCGAAAGCAGAAAAAAAACGAAAAGCUGACGCUGCAUCAAAAGAUGAAAUCAAAGCGAAGAAAGUGAAAAGUGAUGAGACAUCUGAAGCACGCAAAUUGAAGCAGCAAUUAAAGAAACAAGCCGAUACGAUGUGGAAAGUACGUGAGAUGUUCAGUAGAUGCCUAUCAAAAGCUCAGAUGCAGCAUAUUCUGCAAGUCAACAAACAGACACUACCCGAACAUGGUGGAGAAGCCAAGUUGUUGGAUCGACUUGUGGAUUGCGCAGUAUUUGGAUGUCCAGUUAAGUGUGAACGCUGCAAAGACGGUCAACUCGUUUUUAGGUUCAUUUUAUAUAAUCUUAAAAUUUUCACUUGA